AUUAUUUUUGAACUAUCGACUUGUGUUCUUGACUGCAUUCUGUAUAUCCUGUCCCUCAACCAGUCAUCAGGAUGCUGUCCUUGUCCCGGUGGGCUUUGGUGUGUGCAGCGGCUCGGGCCCAAGUUGCUGUCUGUCAAGGCAGAGUGACUGCCAUCACACGAUUCAACAGCACAACUGCUGAGGUAUCCUUCCGCACAACCUGUGAAACAAAGUGCAAACUUGACAGUUGCAGACUUGGUAGCAAAUAUUCUGUAUUGUAUUUAGACGAUUAGGCCUAAAGUUUUGCAAUCUCUUUAGGCACCACCAAAGAAGACAACAUUUGGACCCCUGGCUGACCAGGAUAGAAUUUUCACCAACCUGUAUGGCCGACAUGACUGGAGGUACCAUCACAAGCUGUUCUCUAUACACAAUAACACUCUACACAAUGUCAGAAAUGCUGGCCUUUGGGGUAUGAGAGCUUGGGCCAGCAUUCUUCAUCUGUUCAAGAAUAUAACAUUGCAUGCAUAUUACUUAAUCAUAUAGUAAUAUGCUAAUGUGAUAGUAUUCUUCGGAAUUAGGUGUCAUAUUAUCACUCUCUCCGUAUGUCGUCCCAGGCUGAAGGGAGCUCAGAGUCGUGGUGACUGGUACAAGACCAAGGAGAUCCUGCUGAAGGGAGUGGACUGGAUCCUCAACGAGAUCAAAGUCUCAGGGCUGCGGGGGAGAGGUGGAGCCGGGUUCCCCACCGGCAUGAAGUGGGGCUUCAUGAACAAGCCCAGUGAUGGCAGGUCAGUGGUACUGCCUAUGUUGCUCAUUUGAAGCUCCGUGGUGACGUUUCCCCUAGGUACUGAUCUAGGAUCGGCUUCCCCUCCCCCAAUCCUAACCUUAACCAUUAGUAGGGAGAAUGCUAAACUUACCCAAGAUCAGAAUCCAGGGGAAACUUUACCCUACACCCCCAUUUGACUCUGUGCCAACUUUGACCUGAGAAAGGAAUCUAAAACUCCUUUCCCCCCUUCAUCUGCUCCUUAGACCAAAGUACCUGGUGGUGAAUGCUGAUGAAGGAGAGCCUGGCACCUGUAAGGACAGGGAGAUCAUGCGUAAUGACCCCCACAAGCUGGUGGAGGGCUGCCUGGUGGCCGGGAGGGCCAUGGGAGCCCGUGCUGCCUACAUUUACAUCAGGGGAGAGUUCUACAAUGAGUCCUCCAACCUGCAGGUGAGAGCAGGGACUGCAUGAAAAGGGAAAACAAGUUCAUAACUACAAAGGUUUAGAAGUUGAUCUCUGGACAGGCUGAUAUUCUUCUUAGAUGUGGCACACUUUUUCACCUUUUUCCAAUGUUCUUAGUAAAUUCAACACAUGUAUGGUUCCUUUUAAGGUAAUUGAUUUUGAAUGACAUUCAUUCACGUCUUCCUUGAUCCUGGUUUUAACCUCAGGUGGCCAUCAACGAGGCCUAUGCAGCUGGUCUGAUUGGGAAGAACUCCUGCGGCUCUGGCUACGACUUUGACGUGUUUGUGAUGCGUGGGGCCGGUGCCUACAUCUGUGGAGAGGAGACGGCACUCAUAGAGUCCCUUGAGGGCAAGCAGGGGAAGCCCCGCCUGAAGCCCCCAUUCCCUGCUGACGUGGGUGAGUUACUGAGGUGUAGAUGGAGUCCUCCUCAUGAUGUAGUCAUACCACAAUAUGGAAUGAAUCAUGACAUUUACAUUUUUAGUCAUUUAGCAGACGCGCUUACAUGGCAUGUUAUUGAUGAUAAUAGGUCAAUUUAGAGGUUCAACAGAACACCUUCUACAGCAAUACCAAUAACAUCCAAAUAUCCUUAGACUUUUCUUCUAAAAGUUUAAUUCUAAACUUGUUGACCAUUUUGUUCCCUCUAAGGUGUGUUUGGUUGCCCAACAACUGUCGCCAACGUGGAAACGGUAGCCGUGGCACCCACUAUUUGUCGCCGUGGUGGCACGUGGUUCCUAGGCUUUGGCAGAGAGAGGAAUUCAGGCACAAAGCUUUUCAACAUCUCAGGCCAUGUCAACACCCCCUGCACAGUGGAGGAGGAGAUGUCUAUUCCUCUCAAGGACCUCAUUGAGCGACACGCAGGUACGUCCUUACAGUACACCACCGUGAGUAUUUAAAACUGAGUUGCAUCUCUCGUCCCAAUGUAGACAAACCACCUCACCAUUGUUACAACAGUUAGCAAACAUGUCAGUUCCAAGAUAUCCAAUAUGUACUGUAUGUUGUCUUAAAUGAGUAAAAAAGCAAUCCAGAGGAUUAAGAUUAUCAGGUGGUUUUGUAUCAAAGCCCUGAAUCAGGUUGCCUAGUAAACACUAAUGCCACUACAGACCUUUUUCAGUAGUAAGGCACAGUAUAUAUCUCGUACUUGCUCAUUGACACACUCGCAGCCUCAAUUCAACUGACCAAAGUGAAUCUCUCUCUCUCCCAGGUGGCGUGCGCGGUGGCUGGGACAAUCUGUUGUGUGUGAUCCCUGGAGGCUCUUCCACACCCCUCAUCCCCCGUUCAGUGUGUGACACCGUGCUGAUGGACUUUGACGGCCUGGUCCAGGCUCAGACUGGCCUCGGCACCGCCGCUCUCAUCGUUAUGGACAAAUCUGUAAGCUCUCAUCCACACAGUAUGGGCUGGUUUCCCAGACACUGAUCAAGCCUAGUCCUGGAAUAAGAAGCACUUUCAAUGGAAAAUCUCAGUUGAAAAGGCUAUUUAGUCCAGGACUAGGCUUAAUCUGUGUCUGGGAAACCGGCCCUGUAUGUACAAGUAACAGCAUAACACUGAAGAGAAAGUGAUUCUUAUAUCUAGGAUAACCGAAAUUAGAUCUGACACAUUGAGAGAUGUACUCUGUCAUUGCAGACGGACGUCAUCAGAGCCAUCGCCCGCUUGAUUGAGUUCUACAAACACGAGAGCUGUGGCCAGUGCACCCCCUGCAGGGAGGGUAAGGAAGACUACUUACUUAACUAUUUUGAUCCAAACGUUGUGCCUUUAAAGACUUCUACAAGUCUGUUUGUCUCUCUCUUUUUACCAUAUUCCCAUCUGUAUCUUACUUAUUCUCUCUCUCUCUCUGGCCUGUGUGAAGGAGUGGACUGGAUGAACAAGAUGAUGUGGCGCUUUGUGAAGGGCGACGCGCGUGCGGCUGAGAUCGACAUGAUCUGGGAAAUCAGCAAGCAGAUUGAGGGGCACACCAUCUGUGCCCUGGGUGAUGGAGCCGCGUGGCCCGUACAGGUAAAUACGAGAGAGGAAUAUACAUACAUACAUACAGUGCAUUCGGAAAGUAUUCAGACCACUUAACUUUUUCCACAUUUUAUUUUACAGCCUUAUUCUAAAAUUGAUUAAAUAGUUUUUUUCCCCCCUCAAUCUACACACAAUACCCCAUAAUGACAAAGCAAUAACAGGUUUAGAAUUUUUUUGCAAAAAACAACUCACAUUUACAUCAGUAUUCAGACCCUUUACUCAGUACUUUGUUGAAGCACCUUUGGCAGCGACUACAGCCUUGAGUCUUCUUGGGUAUGACACUACAAGCUUAGCACACCUGUAUUUGGGGAGUUUUUCCCAUUCUUCUCUGCAUAUCAUCUCAAGCUCUGUCAUGUUGGAUGGGGAGCAUCACUGCACAGCUAUUUUCAGGUCUCUCCAGAGAUGUUCGAUCGGGUUCAAGUCCGGGCUCUGGCUUGGCCACUCAAGGACAUUCAAAGACUUGUCCCGAAGCCACUCCUGCGUUGUCUCGGCUAUGUGCUUAGGCUCGUUGUCCUGUUGGAAGGUGAAGCUUUGCCCCAGUCUGAGGUCCUGAGCAGGUUUUCAUCAAGGAUCUCUCUGUACCAUGCUCCGUUCAUCUUUUCCUCGAUCUUGACUAGUCUCCCAGUCCCUGCCGCUGAAAAACAUCCCCACAGCAUGAUGCUGCCACCACCAUGCUUCACCGUAGGGAUGGUGUCACGUUUCCUCCAGAUGUGACGCUUGGCAUACAGGCCAAAGAGUUCAAUCUUGGUUUCAUCAGACCAGAGAAUCUUGUUUCUCAUGGUUUGAGUCCUUUAGGUGCCUUUUGGGAAACUCCAAGCAGGCUGUGAUGUGCCUUUUACUGAGGAGUGGCUUCCGUCUGGCCACUGUACCAUAAAGGCCUGAUUGGUGGAGUGCUGCAGAGAUGGUUGUCCUUCUGGAAGGUUCUCCCAUCUCCACAGAGGAACUCUGUCAGAGUGACCAUCGGGUUCUUGGUCACCUCCCUGACCAAGGCCCUUCUCCCCCGAUUGCUCAGUUUGGCCAGGCGGCCAGCUCUAGGAAGAGUCUUGGUGGUUCCAAACUUCUUCCAUUUAAGAAUGAUGGAGGCCAUAGUGUUCUUGGGGACCUUCAAUGCUGCAGACAUUUUUUGGUACCCUUCCACAGAUCUGUGCCUCGACACAAUCCUGUCUCGGAGCUCUAUGGACAAUUCCUUCAACCUCAUGGCUUGGUUUUUGCUCUGACAUGCGCUGUCAACUGUGAGACCUUAUACAGACGUGUGUGCCUUUCCAAAUAAUGUCCAAUCAAUUGAAUUUACCACAGAUGGACUCCAAUCAAGUUGUAGAAACAUCUCAAGGAUGAUCAAUGGAAACAGGAUGCACCUGAGCUCAAUUUCGAGUCUCAUAGCAAAGGGUCUGAAUACUUAUGUAAAUAAGGUAUGUUUUUUAUCAAUGUGCAAACAUUUCUAAACCUGUUUUCACUUUGUCAAUAUGGGGUAGUGUGUGUAGAUUUGAUGAGGGAAAAAAAUGAAUUUAAUCAAUUUUAGAAUAAGGCUGUAAUAUAACAAAAUGUUGAAAAGGUCAAGGGAUCUGAAUAAUUUCUGAAUACACUGUAUAUACACUCACUGAGGCUCAACUUAUGCCUGAUUCACACUAUAGUGCCAAGCUGAGCUAUACUGGUCUGGCCUGGUUACACAUCUAUGCCUCAGUGAAAAUAUCCAAGCCAGUAUGGUUUGGGUCAGCCCUAUAGAGUGAAUUAUGCAUUAGUGUGUGUUGUUGGUUAGUAAUACAGGUUUCUAUGGACUGGUCCUGCAUCUGUCCAGAGAGACUAUUUAAAGACUGUAUUUGGUAGUAGUGUAGUUGGCUGACUGGCCCUUUUCUUAACUCACUCUCUCCUACUCUUCUUUCUCUGUAGGGAUUGAUCAGACACUUCAGGCCUAUCAUGGAGACCCGAAUUGCAGAGUUCCAGCAGAAGGACCAGGCCAGGGCUUAAAUCACUCCUUCGUCCCCUCCCUCCAUCCUUCAUUCACAAAUUGUUAUUUAAACAAGAAUGUGUUGCUUCUCAUUCAUUGUGAAUAAUUGCCUUCCUGUUUUUGCCUUUGUCUGAAGUCGCCAAUAAAGCUGUAUGAAACCUAAAAUAGUUAAACAAUUUAAACA